CGCCGCAUCGCGCCAACGCGCGCCGGUCGAAGCGCGUUACCCUUCCGUGAUCUUCUCGCACCCGCGUCGAGACGUGAGGAUACCAGAGAGGCCGCAGUCACGCGCGCGCGACCCACGCUCGAGGCGCCGAUUCAUUCUCCAACAAUGCACGCGGUGACCUCCUCGCCCGCGGCGCUGGCGCUCCGGUCGAACGCGUCGAGCGCGCGGCUCAGCCGCGUCGCGCGCGCACCCGCGCGCGCUCACGCGCGAUGCCGCCGCGUGACCGCGAUCAUGGACGCCGCGGACGCGUCCUCCGCGGAGAUGGGCUCCUCCGCGGCGCUGGACUCGAUGGACGCGGACGACGAGAACGAGGCGGCGGCGGAGAAGUUGGCGCGUGACGUCGCCAUCGAGCUCGCGGUCAUCGCGGACGAGACGCGAGCCGCGGACGUUCGCGUCUUGGGCGUCUCGAAGAAGGUGCACUGGGCGCGGUAUUUCCUCCUAGCGACCGCGUUUAACCGCCCGCAGAUGCGAGCGGUCGCGGAGAAGAUCCGCGACCAUCUCAACGAGACGUACGGGACGCAAAUCGCGAAGAGCGUGGCGCAAAACAGCGACUGGGUGUGCGUGGACGCGGCGGACAUCAUCGUGCACGUGUUCACGCCGAGCUCGCGACAGUUUUACGACAUCGAGACGCUGUACAAGGACGCCGUGGACGUCGAGCUGCCGUUCGAGACAGAGCGGCCGAUCAGCCAGGAGGAGGAGGACGAGUUCGAGGUCUUCUGACCGCUCCGUCUUGGACCAUUCAUUGCCUGCGCCUGCCGUGUUGUAUUUUGACC